AUGGCGCCGGAAGUGAUCCAACGGCGACAGUAUGGGAAACCCGGUGACGUCUGGUCAGCCGGAGUGCUGCUACAUGUCUUGUUAACUGGCACACUUCCGUUUGUCGGAUCUCGAGACAGACUGCGGGAAGCGAUCUGUCGAGGGCGGGUGCAGAUGGAGACACCACUCUGGGAUCCCAUUAGUGAGCCGGCGAAAGAUCUCAUACAGAGAAUGCUCACAACCGACGUGAAUCAUAGGAUCACCAUCCAAGAGGUUCUCAACCACAAGUGGCUCAGAGGUGCAGCCCGUAUACAUUUAGGUGACACUAUAGAAGAGCUUAAGAAAUUCAAUGCGAGGCGAAAACUGAAGGACGCCGUAAAAGCAGCCAUCUCUUCGUCGAAGUGGCAUGCUCCGUAUUCAGAAGCUAAUGGCGACAAUUUCUCUGACGUCGGCGAUGACGAGAUAACUACAGGCGCUGUAGCUGAAAUUGUGGAUUGCUUGGAUGACAUUGAAAUUCUUGAGGAAAGUGACAGACUAUUGCGGUCAGAAGUUCUGAAUGCCGUUGAUGAUCAUCGAAUUCGAGUCAUCUUAGAGCUUUAUGACAGAAUCUCAGGUCGUGUACCAGCACCGUAUCGAGCACCACAAACGGAUGCAGUCCAACGUGCCCGUGACGUUGAAGAGAUCCUUCGGGAAGCAGAGCAUUCGGCGGUGCGAAAUAUUGACAGAGCGGAUCUUCGAGAACUUCACGAAUUAUUGGUCCAGCCGCACAUGAGGGCACUUCUACAAGCUCACGACGUUGCCGGUCACGAGGUCUACGGCGAGGAAGCCACCAGGGUAACGCCACCGCCACUCCUCACGUAUCUGAAUGGCGGCGACGAUCUCGAAGGACAAAACGGCGAUUUAGAUGAGAAAAUUACUCGUGUCAGACUGGUGCAGUUCCAGAAAAACACGGAUGAGCCGAUGGGAAUCACAUUGAAAAUGAAUGAGGAUGGGCAAUGCUUCGUAGCGCGGAUUAUGCACGGUGGGAUGAUCCAUAGACAAGCCACUCUUCACGUCGGUGAUGAGAUUAGAGAGAUCAACGGUAUACCAGUUCAGAAUCAAUCCGUUAAUGCCUUGCAAAAGAUUCUGCGGGAGGCACGUGGAUCGGUGACUUUCAAGAUCGUGCCGUCGUACAGGAGCGCGCCGCCCCCCUGCGAGUUGUUCAGGAUUAAGCCUCUGCCAGUGUUAAUUUUCGUUCGAGCGCAAUUUGACUACGAUCCACUGGAGGAUGAAUUGAUACCCUGCGCACAGGCUGGAAUCGCUUUUAGAACCGGUGACAUUCUGCAGAUCAUCAGCAAGGAUGAUCAUCAUUGGUGGCAAGCGAGGAAGGAUAACGCGGCUGGUUCCGCGGGUCUUAUCCCAUCGCCCGAACUUCAGGAAUGGCGCAUUGCUUGCAUGUCUAUGGAGAAAAACAAGCAAGAACAAGAUGCUGAAGGAGAAGGUGGAUGUUCUUCUCACACCGAAGGCUGCGACGGUUCGACAGUAAAUUGCUCAAUAUUCGGUCGGAAAAAGAAGCAAUACAAGGAUAAAUAUCUUGCAAAGCACAACGCUGUUUUCGACCAGCUGGACCUGGUGACCUACGAAGAGGUCGUGAAGCUUCCUUAUCCUGCCUUCCAACGGAAAACUUUAGUAUUAUUGGGAGCACAUGGCGUCGGUCGACGACACAUAAAAAAUACGAUUAUUUCCAAACAUCCUGAUAAAUACGCCUAUCCUAUUCCACAUACAACGAGGCCUCCACGAAGUGACGAAGAAAAUGGUCGUAAUUACUAUUUCGUAUCGCAUGAUGAAAUGAUGGCAGAUAUAGCUGCUAAUGAAUACCUCGAAUACGGUACGCAUGAAGAUGCUAUGUACGGAACUAAGCUCGAAACUAUCCGCAAAAUUCACGAAGAAGGCAGAAUGGCCAUAUUGGAUGUUGAACCGCAGGCGCUGAAAGUUUUACGGACUGCUGAAUUUGCACCUUACGUCGUUUUCAUCGCUGCACCAGCAUUUGCAAAUGUUACGGAUUUCGAUGGCAGUUUAGAACGUUUGGCGAAGGAGUCGGACAUGCUGAAGCAGGCAUAUGGGCAUUUCUUCGAUUUGACCAUCGUGAACAACGAUCUCGACGAGACGAUCGCCCAAUUGGAGGCUGCGAUUGAACGCGUUCACACGACACCACAAUGGGUGCCCGUUUCUUGGGUCUACUGA